CCCGGCCCGGCCCCGGCACGGCGGCAGCGGCAGCAGCAGUCUUGCUGUUGUGGAAGCACAGGCCUGAAAUGCUUCCCUGGUCGUCAGUUUCAGGGGAGGUUCAAAAGCUGUGCCCUGAAGCAAGGAAGUCUGAGUUAUUGAAAAGAAAUUAGAGAGCAGGAAUUGUCAUCCAUCACUAUGAACAACAACAUCCUGUGAGUUAGUUUCAAACUUCCUUCAGAUAAGCUGUGCUCCGAGCUCUGCUGAGGAAAGCUGGUGUCCUUGGGGAAGCAUGGCCUUCCGUGGCUGGAAGUGGCUCCUCCUCUUGGGCAGGCAGAACACCCUUGCCAAGGUGUGGAGAAGCAGGAGGGGAGGCCCCUCUCUGUGCUGGCAGCGCUGCUGCCACUGGAGCUCAGGCAAGGCUCUGGCCCCCGAGGUGAGAGCGUUUCUGGAGGAGAACACUGAGGUCACCAACAGCGGGCACCUCACCCCAGAGAUCCUGCGCCUGCUCACCCCCCGCUGCAGGUUCUGGAGAGAGAAACCUGACCUGUGGCCUUAUGGGGACCCAUUCUGGGCAAUUUACUGGCCAGGAGGCCAAGCCCUCUCCAGGUAUAUUUUAGAUAAUCCACAUGUGGUUAAAGGGCGAUCAGUUCUGGAUCUUGGAAGUGGAUGUGGAGCAACAGCAAUAGCUGCUGUGAUGAGUGGUGCAUCCCAAGUCCUUGCCAAUGACAUUGACCCUAUUGCAGGAAUGGCAAUGAUCUUGAACUGUGAAUUGAACCACCUGAAUCCCUUCCCCAUCACCAUUAAGAACAUCAUUAAUUCAGAGGCUGGCAACUGGGACCUCAUAGUCCUAGGAGAUAUGUUUUAUGAUGAACAACUUGCUGAUGGUCUGCAUCACUGGCUGCAGAAGUGCAUCAGGAUUCACCAGACUGAAGUGCUGAUUGGUGACCCUGGCAGGCAUCAGUUUUUAAGCCACAGCAUUCACAGCCAGCUGCACAAAGUUGUAGAAUAUUCACUGCCUGAGUCUACGAGACAAGAAAACUAUGGGCUAACAUCAAGUAUUGUCUGGAGUUAUCAGCCCUCAAAUCGCUCAGAUGAUUCUUGAAGCUGCCUUUCUAUGGGAUUUUGUCUCACUUGAUUGGCUUUUUGCAGGUAUAUAACAUGAAAAUGGGAAUUACACAGUAAAGCAGCUUACUGUACCUUCACUGGACUGAUUUCAAUCAUACUCACUGAGGCUUUUGCUCAAUUUGAUGUAAAAGCUACAUGCAAACUGUAUUCAAAGGGGCCUGCACUGAAGUGCAGAUCUACAGACAACUUACAUGUACGGGUUUGCAUGCUUGAUGUUUCCCAUGUGUAUUUGUGUCCUGCUGACAUUACUGUGAAAUGGUUUGGAUGUCCAGCAUACUGCUGUGGGGAGAGGGCUGUGGCUGAAGGACUACUGCAUUGCUUCUACAGGCUUCUGCAGCUUAUUUAUAGAAGAUUUCUAAAUAUAGAAAAUUAUUGCUGUCCUCCAUAAAAUUCUCCACUAGAUUUUUAGCUCAUAAUAUGCUCAACUUGAAGUGCCUUGCUCUUUUUCUGGGUAUCUCUUCUGAAUGUCAAAGUAACUAAUUUAAAUCUCCCCCUUUCCCUCUAUAAUAAAAAUUUCCUCUUCCUUGAAACUGACAGAGUGAUUAUGUAGGAGUUGCACCCAAAUUUAAACUCUGCUUCUUGAC